GUUCGGAUAGUUCUUUUUGCAUGGGUUUUUAGCGCAUCACUCCGGUUUCAAGACUUAUUAUUGUGUACCUGAUCGACAGCGCUAAUUUUAAAGGAAAGUAACUGCUUUAUAUUUAUUUAAAACAUUUUUGUAAAAUUCCUUCGUGCGAUAGCAUCUAACGUUAGCUAAAGAAGCAUCGCAAGCUAACUUCCACUUUCAGACCAAUCCGAGUAACCUUAGCAAGGUGGCUGGGUAUUGCUAGCAAGUUAGUUAAAUUCCUCUAUGUGCAUCGACUUCGUUUCAGAUUUACAGGAGCUAAGAACACGAUGAUCCUUGCUUGCAGAGUACUGUUUAUGAGCCAGGAAAUCGUGGUUUGAUUUACAGUAUUAACCGCUAGCCACUUCUUUAGCUAGUUACUUAGCUAAUAAAUUAGCCAGUAAAGUGCAUCUGCUAUUAUUUGUUGCCAUUUAGCAGUGGCUAGAUCGCAAGCUAGCUAGCCAGCCAGCCAUCCAAAUCAGUUACGUUCCAUAGCUAGAUAGCUAACUGUCAUUUCGGUUUCAAAAAUGCCUGCCAUGCUGGAAAAGGGGAGUACAGAAAUAUCUGGAAAAAGAAGGGGCAGGAACUCUGUAAAUAAUCCAAAUAAAAGUUUUGCUGCAAACGGCAACAGUAACAAUUCUUGGGAAGAAGGAAGUUCGGGUUCAUCCAGUGAUGAUGAGCAUGGAGCUGGGGGAAUGCGAGUUGGUCCUCAGUAUCAAGCGGUUGUUCCAGACUAUGAUCCUGAAGUGGCCAAAGCUAGCCAAGAGAGGGAGAAUUUGGGCAUGCUGGUUUGGUUCCCAAACCACAACUUGGCAGAGGCUAAGCUUGAUGAGUACAUUGCGAUUGCCAAGGAGAAACAUGGCUACAAUAUGGAGCAGGCGCUGGGCAUGCUCUUUUGGCACAAACACAACAUUGAGAAGUCUUUAGCGGACCUGCCCAACUUCACCCCUUUCCCUGAUGAGUGGACCGUGGAGGAUAAGGUGCUCUUUGAACAGGGCUUCAGCUUCCACGGAAAAACCUUUCAUCGCAUUCAACAGAUGCUGCCAGACAAAUCCAUUGCGAGUCUGGUUAGGUUUUAUUACUCCUGGAAGAAGACACGCAGCAAAACGAGCGUGAUGGACCGUCACGCUCGCAAAACGAAGCGUGACCGAGAGGAGAGUGAUGAAGAAGUCGAGGAGAACAGUUGCAUUUCUCCGGAUUCCGAGCUUGAACCAAAUAAGGAAGAGAAGAAAGAGGGAGCACCAGAGAAGCAGGACUCAAAGUCUGCAGCUGUACACAAGCCCACGGGCGUCGCAGACAAAUCGGUGCACGUGAAGAAGGAUGCUCAGGGAAUGGCCGGGAAGAACCUCCACAGAGCGAAGAAGAAGCCGCCCAAAGGGAUGCACCUGAUCCAGGAGGACGUGGCCGCCAUGUCCACCAGCGGCCCCGCCGCCGUCAGCGUCCUCAAGCAGCUGGACAUGGAGCUAAUCGCCAUUAAACGACAGAUCCAGAGCAUCAAACAGACCAACAGUGCCUUGAGAGAAAAGCUGGAGUCAGGAGUGGACGAGCACAGACCCCCCGAGGUGGCUCAGAAAUUCAACACCCGUUGGACCACAGAGGAGCAACUGCUAGCAGUGCAAGCCAUAAGGAAGUACGGCCGGGAUACCCAGGCCAUCUCUGACGUGAUCGGAAAUAAGUCUGUGGUCCAGGUGAAAAAUUUUUUUGCGAAUUACCGGAGGCGGUUUAAUCUGGAUGAGGUGCUUCAGGAAUGGGAGGCGGAACACGGGGUGGAAGGACCGAAAACCGCAGAGGAGGAGAAGAUGGACAUAACAGCUGAGGAGGGAGCUACUACCCCAGUGCCACCAGAGGACCAAAAAGAGGAACCAACGCCAAUGGAUGCACAAAACGCCUCUGCAUCCUGAGGUAGCUUUGCAGUAUUGGACAGCUCCAGUGGGUAGAACUCAUUCCGGUUGAUGUUAGCGACUGCUGUGCUGAUGAGAUAGCAGAGCUACGCCAGCUUCUCCUGUGUCAA